AUGGUUGAAUAUUGGCUAGAAGCAACAGAGCAGAUUAUGGACGACCUAGAUUGCUCUGUGGAGCAAAAUUUGAAGGGGGCCGUGUCGUUGCUACGAGAUGAGGCAUACCAGUGGUGGAUCACUGUAAGGGAGAGUACCCCGAUCGAACGAGUAACCUGGGAACUAUUCAAGACUACUUUUAAGGGGAGUGUUCGAUUCGAGGAUGGCCUCCACGAUGAGCUUAGGGUGCUGAUAGCUCCACAGAGGGAGCGUGAUUUUGCUGCGUUGGUAGAGAAGGUUAAGAUAGCCGAGGAAGUAAAACGAACUGAACGGCAGAACUGUGAGAGGCAUCGACCUAGAUUCAAGAGGGAUUCUGGACCCUCGGGUGCUGCAUAUAGAAAUGCUUGCAAGGACUAUGGCAGAGUGCAUAUGGGGGAGUGCUGGAAACGAACUCGAGCAUUUUUCGAUAUGGGUCAAACAAACAUAAGUUUAGAGAGUGUCCUCAGAGAGCAGCUCAGGAUCAAGUUGCGGAGCAAAGAGGUGUCCAACCACUGCGAGGAGGACCACCACCACAAAGAGGCUGUGGGAAAGGUAGAGGUGGUAAUGGGUGAUGCUCCUGAUGUUAUAACCGGUACGUUCUUCAUUCAUAGCACGUCUUACACUACUUUGAUUAAUGUUGGUUCCACUCAUUCGUAUGUUGCCUAUAAUGUAUCUGGGGCAUUGGGUGUGCUUUUUGAAGAGAAUGUGAGUGGGGCAUCAGUGAUAAGUCCUUUGGGACACUCGACUAAGCAUAGGGCGAAGUUGGAUUGUGUUGUUAAGAGAAUGGUGCUAAGAACUUCCGAGGAUGAGGAGAUAAUGGCGUUUUUAGCAUUUGUGAGUCAAGCUGAACCUGAGGGGGUGACUGUGGAGUCAGUCAGGACCAUCAAAGAAUUUCAAGAUGUUUUUCCUGAGGAGCUUCCUAAACUACCUCCGAACAGAGAAGUCGAGUUCAGAAUCGACUUGUUACCUAGAACAGCUCCAAUGUCCAUUGCACCUUACCCGAUGAUUAAGAAGCAGCAGUUGGUGGAUGAAUCGUUGGUUUCACGGUUUCAGCAAGCUGAGAAGGGGGAGAAUUCAGACUUUGGAUUAAAUGGUGAUGGGGAGUUUGAAGUCAAUGGAACUCUGUUGGAGAGAGUUUGA